AUGAGUACCCGUCCGGCUUCGCACAGUGGUUCUUGGUAUAGUUCAAGUUCAAGCAAGUUAUCAACCCAGCUUUUGCAAUUUCUGAGCCCUCAUGCGGUAGUGAGCGGAGCUCGCAUCAUUGUGUCUCCACAUGCUGGUUAUACUUAUUGCGGAGCUACAAUGGGAAAAGCUUAUGCUGCCUUGGACUUUACUGGCGUAAAACGAAUCUUCGUUUUGGGACCAUCUCACCACAUUUAUUUCAAGAACAAAGCGUUAGUUACCGGUUUCGACAGGCUGGAGACUCCAUUAGGAUCUCUACCUGUGGAUACCGAACUUGUGGGCAAAUUAUUACAAGAUGAGGGGUUUGACCAAAUGGAUCCGGAUACGGACGGCGAUGAGCAUUCGUUAGAGAUGCAAUUUCCAAUGCUCUAUGCUGCCCUGAAUCUCCGCCAGAUUGACCCGCAAUCUGUAACCGUCGUCCCCAUUAUGGUGUCGCACAAUUCUACGCGCAAUGAUUACCACCUCGGCAAGAUUCUAAGCGAAUACGUGAAGAAUCCGAGCAAUGCAUUUGUCUUGAGCUCUGACUUCUGUCAUUGGGGCAGAAGAUUCAAUUUUACCGGAUACGUGGGUGACAACAAGGAGGUUCAAGAGGCAAUCGCCGAGGACACCGAAAUCGAGUCACUCACUGCGAGAAGCAAGCUGUCGCAUCACCAGGUGCCAAUUUGGAAGAGUAUAGAGAUCUUGGACAGGUAUGCGAUGUCAAUUCUGAGCCAAGCGGAUCAACACGACAAAUAUGAGCCUUGGAAACACUAUUUAGAGGUUACGGGAAACACCAUUUGUGGAGAGAAGGCAAUAAGUGUGAUGCUUUGCGCUUUGAGCUACUUGUCGGAAGACUUUGAGUUCAAAUGGGUCGGUUAUUCUCAAUCCAGCAAGGUCACCAACGUCAUGGACUCGAGCGUGAGCUACGGUGCGGGCUAUUGCAAAGUUUAG